GUGUGACAACUUAUAGAGGGCUCUCCCAAAAUUUCACAAAGUUACGACGCACUAAGCAGAAAUUACAGUUAAACGCGUGGUUUUGGUGGCAAAACUUUUUUUCGAGCCUCUCAGAACUUUUUGUUUGGUGUUAAGUGUAGGCGAAUUACAGUUUAAAAACAAUAACAGGCUUUUAAACGAAUAGUUCAACUAUUUAAAGAAAAAACAAUCGAAGUUGUAAAGUUUUCAACUAAUAAAGUUUUUAUUUUAUUUGUGGAAAACAAAGCUGUGGGGUAAGUUGGCCAAAAUGUAACGGGGUAAAGUGUCUUAAGUGCCAAAGAUUUUAAUUUGUUUUAUUUAUAAUUUGCAGAUGAGAAAUUAUAUACGAAAAACCGAAAGGAAUAGGAAUAUUACUCCACAAAUAAUAAGAAAAGCCGCUCGUCUGGUAAAAAUGGAAAAAUGGAAUAUUGUUCAUGCUGCAAAAGAGUUCAACAUACAUCAGAGAACUCUUUCUCGAUAUUGUGCGACCAUGACAGAUGAAGAUCUUGACAGUGAUUCAACACCGGCCUUUAAGAUUGAUUUUCCAGCCAAGAAGAAGAGCUUGGUUUGCUUGGUUUGCCAAGAGCCUUAUUCGGGAAGCACAACUUCCUGGAUUGAAUGCGGCCAAAGUAAGGAAUGGGCUCAAGAAAAAUGCGUAAGCGAAGAGAGCGUAACUGAGCAGCAUUACUGGUGUGACAAUUGUAUUCAGUCUCUAGGAAUGCACUAGAUCACUACGUAGCACCCAACGACUCAGAAGAUGUGUUUUCCUACCAAAAACUGUUCCCGUUACACAGAAACAAUGAAAAAUUGCAGACAACUUACCCCACAGGUUCAGACAACUUACCCCAGCUAUGGGGCAAUUUUGCCGUCUUUUUUUUCUCUUUAUUUUCUCAUUUUUGAAUGAAUAAAAACUUGAAAUGGAAA